CAAAUAUUAAAUCCUCCGCUCGGACAUUAAUACCUGAGACGAAGAAGGUAGAUGGUGAACUUUGGCUGGACCCCGUCCCCUUUUUCCUCUCUACUGCACCGGUCUCCGUCCGAACCCUGCGGGCCGCUACAGACUGUCUGUUUGCAGGCUGAUUUCGUUUGCUCUCGUAUAGUGCCGAGCUUCUCUCAUGACCUCCCUUCUCCAUCUCAAUUCUCCAUCUCCCCUCAUUGUCCAAUAGAUCGCCAGCCAUGGGUUGGCCCUACCGUUUCAUAGACCUUUCAACUGAAGAGGUCCAGCUUCGCAGAGAAACACUAGACCGCUAUGGCGCCUAUGCUCAUUACUCGGCCUUGGCACCGAUCGUCCUAGCCUUGCUCGUCCGCCUUGGAUCAUAUCUCCGACAACGCUGGCAGAGGAGUGCCGCCUACGACGCCGUCCCCAUCUCGCCUGUCUUGAAAGAGAGGAGACAGAGCUGGAGCGGCAACUUGGAGGCCAAAAUCCGGAAGGGCAAGUGGUGGCUGGACGAUGAUGUCUACUUCAUGGGUCAGCACUGGGGACAGAAAGACCAGUGGGUCUUUGGUUUGGCUUGGGCCUCCUGGCUACUUGUUCUGAGUGUGUUGGAGACGGGCGAUGACUACCUCCAUAUCACCAAGCGUUUCGGCAUCAUUGCCGUCUCCCAGAUUCCAUUCCAGUAUCUCCUGGCGUUGAAGAGCUUCAGCCCCAUCGCCAAAGUUUUCGGCACAUCGCACGAGGAGCUCAAUAAGUGGCACCGCGUCCUCUCCCGCGUGACGCUCUCCCUUCUCGUGUUGCACGUCAUGUUCUACCUGAACUUCUUCGUUGCAAAGGGCCUCGUUCAAAAGCGCCUCUUCGCGCCCAUUGUCUUCGCCGGCGUCGUCGCCUUUGCAACCAUGAACAUGAUGACCUCAACCGCCGCCGCCGCAGUCCGUAGGUAUUCCUACCGAAUCUUCUUUGUGACCCAUCUUGUAGGCGCCUUCGCCAUCCCGCCGCUCGUCUUCUUCCACGCCAAGUCAGCCCGUCUCUUCAUGGCCAAGGCCGUCGUCGUCCUCCUCAUCGACAUUAUUGUCCGCCGUCUUCGCACGGUCACGGCACCCUCUAAGCUUGAGACCGUCCCCGGAACGAACUUGGUCAAAAUUUCGGCCUCAAUUCCCCGGGACAAGGCCAAUGCUUUUUGCGCCCGUCCGGGUUCCCACAUCUAUCUCAGCGUUCCUCCCGCAGCGCGGCCCGGCGCCGGUCCUAUAUCCUCAAAGGCCAUGCUAUUCGAGUUCCUCUUCAACCCCUUCACCGUGGCUUCCGUCGACGAAACGGCCGGCAACCUCACCCUGGUAGCCCGCGAACUCGACGGGCCUUUGACAAAACAUCUCGGCCGCUUCGCCAACGCGGGCACUGGCACCCACGACAGCAAAGUUCCGCUAUGCAUCGAGGGCCCCUACGGCGCCGCAUCUCUUCACUUUGACAAGCUCAUCAGCUCCUCCGUCGACCGCGUCCUGCUCGUAGCCGGCGGGGUAGGUGCAACAUUCACUAUCCCCAUCUACCAGGCCAUCCUCCAGGACAAUCCCAACACCAAGGUCGACUUCGUCUGGUCCGUCCGCAGUGCGGGCGACGUGACCUGGGCCAUGUCAGCCGACAAGUCCACCAAGAGCGUCCUCGAUGACCCCAACGUCCAAAUUUACUACACUGGCGACGCCCUCAACUCGGACGCCACGGGCCCCAUGGCCGGCCUCCCCGCUGAGACAAACCCUGAGGGAGAGAUGGAGAUGAGCGCCAUUUCAUCGCACGGCCCCAGUCGGAACCGCCUUACGAGCCAGCAAUACCGCAGGCGUCCAGACCUGUGUAAGAUUAUUGACGACGUCUUCAGGAAGGGCGCCGAGGAGAGGGUCGCCGUGCUCGUGUGCGGGCCUUCAGCGAUGGGGCGGGAGGUGCGCAAGUAUGUCGGCGCGUGGGUCAUGAGGGGCCGCGAGGUGGUGUGGCACAACGAGGGCUUUGGGUGGUAGAGCGGCUGCAUGCGUGCGAAUCUGGGGUUCCCCCGGCAAAACAUGACCGAGGAAAAUCCGGGGUCGUUCCCUUGGAGGGUUUGUCUGAUCUUCUAAAAAAUACUGACAGAGAAAGAUGGGCCUGUUCGUAAAUUGUCACUUGUUGUGUCAUGGUGUUACUUGGAUGAACGGAUUCCAAAACUUGAUCAGGAGAUAAAAUACUAGAGACACUU